AUGCAGGUCAGCAGUGGGCACUCCUUCCCAAUCACCAACUACUUGGCACCCGUCACAAGUGCCAAUGGAACCGUACUGAAGACUGAGGGAAAUGCCAUGAGUUCAGCUGGUCUAAUGCAGCUGCCGACUGGCUUUACACUCAUGUCUGGUAAGGAAUCCACACAGGAGGUAAUGUUUCUGAUCAGACUGCCACGUGCUAAUCACCUCUGACCAGCAGACAUACUUGUAGAGUAGGGGUUCCUAAUUAAUUUUUCCCGUGGAACCCUUUGACAGUGUACCAAAAUCAUGGAACACCACAAAUAAUUUUGCGCCGCAGCACAGCAUUUUUGUUUAAUCGUGCACAAUGGUUUCUUAUUUGUUAUGUAUUCACGAAUUACCACAUGUAGGAAGAUUGUUGUACUUAGUAGCAGGUGUGUUUCUGUGUGUAGAGCUGGUCUUUGUAUAUAAUGUUCGCAUUUUAAUACGGGGUGUGUGUUUCUAAUGUUGGCAUUUAUAUGCAGGGCUGUGUUUGGAUCUACUGUUGUCCUUUUAAAUGUGGAUGUACAUUUGUGUGUAAUAUUGGUGUUUGAGUGAAGGGCGCGUUUGUAUAUAAUUUUGGAGUUGAGUUCAGGAGUGUCUCUGUACACACUCACACUCCUCUUACCUUUUUCUGCUUGCUUGGAGUGCUGCUGGUGUGUGGAGUCUGCAGCAGUUCCCUCCCGCUGUCGCCUUUCUCAAUUCUUGUGCUCUCCCAGCAUCUGAUUGUACAGGAGCCGGGUUGAGGUCUUAAAAGGCGUAUGGCUGGGUCCCCGUUGUGCCAAGCGAUGGGCAAAUCUGAGCAGAAUCAGUUUUGUUCUCGUGGGACCCUAGGGUUUCGCAGAAAAUCAAUUGGGAAACCCUGUUCUUGAAAGUUGGGCGGUGUAUGGCUACAAUAUUUUGCAGCUAGGGUGACAUUUGCAUUCUUUUAGUAUUUUUAACCUUUUGGGUUUUCCUUGGAUCUCCUUUCUUCAAAGAAAAUAAGGUGAUUGAGUGCCAUUUUGCUUUCUAUCAGCAGGGGGAGCUGUAGCACAGCAAGUGCAAGCCAUCCAGGUUCAUCCAGCCAGUCAGACAUCACCGUCCAGUGACAGCAGCUCAGAGCUGAUUCAGACAUCUUCCAGUGGAACAGGUAUGCCACCAUCAAUCUAUAGCAGUUGCCUGUGCUUAGUUGCCAGCAAUAUGUAGGAAGUUUGUGUGCCUGGGUUUAUCAUCUAGUGGUAUAUAGGUCCUCCUAAUGCCCAUAGUUCCUGGGGUAAGUGCUGAGCAGUCUAUAGCACCCUCCAGUGCCAUGGUUAGCAACUAUCUAUAUAGAAUGCCCUCCAUUGCUUGGAUUUAUCAUCUCGCACUAUUAAAUGCUCUCCAGUAUCUGGGGUUAGCACCACGCAGUAUUAAAUGCUCUCUAGUAUCUGGGGUUAGCACCACGCAGUAUUAAAUGCUCUCCAGUAUCUGGGGUUAGCACCACGCAGUAUUAAAUACUCUCCAGUAUCUGGGGUUAGCACCGCACGCACUAUUAAAUGCCCUCCGGUAUCUGCAGUUAGUACCCCACGCACUAUUAAAUGCCCUCCGGUAUCUAGGGUUAGCACCCUGCACUAUAUUAAAUGUCCUCCAGUAUCUGGGGUUAGCAACCUGCACUAUAUUAAAUGCCCUCCAGUAUGUGGGGUUAGCACCCCACGCACUAUAUUAAAUGCCCUUUAGUAACUAUGAUUUGUGCCCAGCAACUGCUAUUUAUCAAAUGUGAAUUCUCUUCAUCCAGUGACAUUACCUGCUGCCAUCAUGACCUCUUCAGUGCCUACAACUGUUAGUGGGCACAUGAUGUACCCCAGUCCACAUGCCGUGAUGUAUGCUCCCACUCAGGGUUUGGCGGAUGGCAGUCUAACCGUGCUCAAUGCCUUCUCCUCUGCUCCUUCCAUGCAGGUGUCACACUCACAGGACCAGGGUAAGUACAAGUUUCACUCGUUGUGCAAUUCCUCAUCAAACAGUGAUUUCCAGUAACCCCAUCUCAUCCACAGGAGGCGUACAGCAGGUGUUUCUAACUGCCCCGUCUGGUACUGUUCAGAUUCCUGUGUCAGCAGUGCAACUCCACCAGGUAAUGAGACCCAUCAACUAUAGUCUGUCAGCUGUGGGUUUUACUUGGAGAGAGCGGUUUUUUUUUUCGUUUUCCUUUGGUUUAUGGAGACAGAUGAAAAGAAGAAACACAAGAGCGGGCUAUAACUCCCACACUUUGCAAUGGCUAGAAUUCAGCUUCCAAGUGCUUUAUAUAAAUUUUUCUAGAAUUAGCGGGCUGUUAGGAGGCAGUAAAGGGUAUUUGCAGCCGGGUGUAUAUCAUGUCUGUUUCUUCUUGCAGAUGGCAGUCAUCGGGCAGCAGUCCAGCACGAGCAGUAAUCUCACAGAGCUCCAGGUGGUUAAUUUGGACGCUACACACAGCAGUAAAAAUGACUAA